AUGGUCAUCCCGCAUUCUCUUCGGCCGGCUGUUUUGACGCUGUUGCACGAAGGACACCAAGGCAUCAACAGGACGAAAGCUCUCGCUCGAGAGUCCAUUUGGUGGCCUGGCUAUUCGGCAGACAUUACCUCUCUGGUAACUAACAGCGAGCAAUGUGCUUCCACUCGGGUGAACCUUGCAGAGCCCCUGGUCUCCACGGUCCUACCUGGACGUCCCUGGGAACUUGUCGGCAUGGACCUGUUCCACCUCAGCAGCCAGACAUUCAUCUUGGUGGUAGACUACCACUCCAGGUACCCUGAAGUUGUAACCUUGAGGAGCACAACGACUCAGGCAGUCAUCGACGUUCUCAAAAGCAUCUUGGCCCGGCAUGGAAUUCCGCGAGAAGUCAGAUCAGACAACAGUCCACUGUUCUCUUCACGCGAGUUUGCAGCAUUUGCGGCAUCUUACGGCUUUGACCACGUCACCAGCAUCUCGCACUAUGCGCAAUCGAACGGAGAGGCGGAGAGAAUGGUCAGGACCAUCAAGGAGUUGUUUCGCAAAGCAACAGACCCUCAUCUGGCCUUGCUCAGCUACCGGGACACCCCCGGAGUCGAUGGCUUCAGCCCGGCCCAGCUCUUGAUGGAACGACAACUCCGAAUCAAAGUGCCGAAACAGGACUCCCAGUUAUGUCCUCACUGGCCGUCGAGGAAAGACGUGAGGAGAAAAGAUGCAGCCUACAAGCAGAAACAGGCCGCUGACUUUAACAGGCAUCACAGAGCUCAAGAUCUGUCAUUGCUCCGAACAGGCCAGUGUGUCUGGGUAUGA